AUGUGGAUUUGCGGGUUGGAUUUGGAUUUGGAUUUGGAUUUGGAUUUGGAUUUGGAUUUGGAUUUGGAUUUGGAUUUGGAUUUGGAUUUGGAUUUGGAUUUGGAUUUGGAUUUGGAUUUGGAUUUGGAUUUGGAUUUGGAUUUGGAUUUGGAUUUGGAUUUGGAUUUGGAUUUGGAUUUGGAUUUGGAUUUGGAUUUGGAUUUGGAUUUGGAUUUGGAUUUGGAUUUGGAUUUGGAUUCGGAUUUACAUAAUUUGGAGUUGGUUAUACGAGUCGUUAUACGAGUCUAA